AUGGCGGCAGUACAGGACCUCGCAGAACGAGUCAAGAUGGCAACGAUUUACAUCGACACAGAUACUGGCAUCGACGACGAGUCCGCCACGGGCUCUGAAAGCAAGCCCUACAAGUCUCUAGCAUAUGCCUACAUUCAACACGGUGGGGCUGAGGGCAAAACAUAUCUCUCGCGUUCUUCAACAACUGGACCUGUCAGCGCAGAUGGAGACCCAUCAGAGAGACUCAUCUGGAAAGAGCCUGCGAAGAGUGCAAUCAAGAAGGCACAAGGUGCAUUGGACGCCCACAAGAAGAAGCUCCUGAAGCAGCAACAAGUGGCCGCACAGGAAGAGGAGAAGGAGAAGGCUCGUCUGAAGCACCUUGAGGAAGCAAAGAAGAUCGUUCUCAAGGAAGAUCCCUCCCUUCCAAAGGCUGUCAAGAUUAGAAUCUGCGACAAGGACUUGGAAUUGGGAGAGGGUGAUGUUAAGGGCACAAGAGUCAAGAUUUCGGGACGCAUCCACCGACUACGACAACAGAAGCAAGCUACCUUUAUUACGUUGAUCGAUGGAUACGGGCAUUUGCAAUGUGUUCUCACUGGCGACCUUACGAAAACCUAUGAUGCUCUGACCUUUGCGCAGGGUACCUCUCUCACUCUUUAUGGUGAGAUGCGCAAGGUCCCUGCAGGUCAAUCCGCACCAGACAACCGUGAACUACACGUCGAUUAUUACAAAGUCAUCGGUCGAUCCCCCGCUGAUGCGGAUGCAAUUACCAACAGGGUCUCCGCUCAGCAGGACCAGUGGGAGGCUUCGAUGUUGGACAACCGUCACCUUGUUUUGCGAGGAGAUACUGCAUCUUCAGUCAUGAAGGUCCGCUCUGCAGUUGAAUGGGCAUUUGCAAAGGCAUAUAAGGACAUGAAGUUCACCAAGAUCAGCCCUCCUGCUUUUGUUCAGACUCAAGUUGAAGGUGGUUCUACACUGUUUGAACUUGAUUACUAUGGCGAGAAGACCUACCUGACCCAGUCUUCCCAACUCUACCUCGAAACCGGCAUUCCCAGCCUUGGCAAUGUCUAUUGUAUCGAAAAGUCCUUCCGUGCUGAGAAGUCUCUGACACGUCGCCACCUCUCUGAAUAUACCCAUGUUGAGGCCGAAUUGGAUUUCAUUGAUUUCGAUGACCUGUUGGACCACCUGGAAGAGAUCAUCAGCAGGGUCAUUAACACAAUUAUGGAGGACAAGGAGAUUGCUGGGUACAUCAAGGAGCUCAACCCCGACUUCAAGCCACCCACAAGACCCUUCAAGCGCAUGCGAUACUCGGAUGCGAUUGAUUGGCUCAACGCCCAGGAUCCCCCAAUUCUCAACGAAGAGGGCAAGCCUCACGUGUUCGGUGACGAUAUUGCUGAGGCUGCCGAGCGAAGAAUGACCGAUAUUAUCAACUUGCCAAUCCUGCUGACUCACUUCCCAGUUGAGAUCAAGGCUUUCUACAUGAAGAAGGAUGAAUCGGAUCGCCGUGUUACGGAGAGUGUCGAUGUCCUGAUGCCUGGCGUUGGUGAGAUUGUCGGGGGUUCGAUGAGAAUGGAUGAUUAUGACGAGUUAAUGGAGGCAUAUAAGCGUGAGGGCAUAUCACCAAAGGAGUACUACUGGUACACCGAGCAGCGGAAGUAUGGCACAUCACCCCAUGGCGGAUAUGGAUUGGGACUUGAGCGAUUCAUCGCAUGGAUCUGCAAGCAACACUCUGUUCGCACAUGUUGCCUGUACCCCCGAUUCAUGGGACGCUGCAAGCCUUGA